AUGUUCUCAAAACAAAAUCAUCAAUCUUCUGUGAAGCCUGAAACCAUAGUGUCAUGUUUUCAAUUUCCUUUUCAGUCACCAUUUCAGUCCCAGCAUCCUGAAUCUGUGUCAAAUCCUGUUGAUUCAGCCCUUCCAGAGGCAGACAAUGCACUACAUCACACACCUCAUAGCUCAAGCAACAAUCAGGGUGAUGACAGUAAUGGUGAUUCAAACGACAUUGGAAUCACCAGCCUGGACAGAAAUAUAAACAAUCAUGAAGCUGAAAUAGAAACUGAGCUACCUCAGAAUACUGAAGAAGUUGAAACAGAACUAAGAGCAAGGAAUAUGGAAAUUUCCCAAAGGAGUGCCCCAUCACAUUCUCCGAAGCCUCCAAUGGGUAUGGGCAGUGGUUGUCACCUGAAGAAGCCGAGAGGAUUACCAAGUCUUGCAACUUGGCUUUCCAGAUCAAGUCCAAGGACGCAUCCUUCUGAUCCCUAUCUGCACAACCAGAAAUAUUGUCAAACGAUGAAGACGAGGAUUUAA